UAAUACUCAAAGAGAUGAUGACCAACCCUACAGAACUGCAUAUCACUUCCAACCUCCCAAGAAUUGGAUGAAUGAUAGCAACUCUUACAAUCACACUACUUUAUUCAUCAUUUUAUAAAAUUUGCAUUUCUUUAACUUUUGCCUAAUCUUCUUCAUCUUUUUUGGAACAUGCCUUGUCUUGACAUCUUUGGAAUCUCAGAUCCUAAUGGGCCAAUGAUAUACAAAGGAAUCUACCACUUAUUCUACCAAUACAACCCCACAGGAGCAGUGCCAGGAAACAUAGUUUGGGCACACUCCACAUCAAGGGAUCUCAUCAACUGGACACCUCACCCCCUGGCUCUCUCCCGGGACACCCCACACGACACCAACGGUUGCUGGUCAGGCUCAGCCACGCUCCUCCCCAAUGGCGAACCGGUCCUUGUCUACACAGGUGUCAACACACACAACCAACAAGUACAAAAUCUUGCAAUCCCAAAAAAUCCCUCUGAUCCAAACCUCAUAGAGUGGUUCAAGCCACCGUACAAUCCUGUCAUCGCGCCAACGCAGCAGAACAUGAUCAACGCCACCUCGUUCAGGGACCCCACCACGGCCUGGCUGGGCCGUGAUGGGCUCUGGAGGUUGAUAGUUGGCAACAAAAUAGGCCAAAAUGGGAGAAUGCUUAUGUUUAUGAGUAGGGAUUUUGUGCACUGGUUUCAAAGUAGGCAGCCAUUGUACUCAAGGAGGGAUACCGGCAUGUGGGAGUGCCCAGAUUUCUACCCUGUCUCGACUGAAGGCGAGGGUGGGGUCGAGACAUCCGCGGUCGGGAGAGGGGUGAAGCAUGUGCUGAAAGCUAGCAUGAAUGAUGGAUUCUUUGACACUUAUGCUAUUGGGAGUUAUGAUGUUGGGAGGGAUGUGUUUGUUCCGGAGAGAGGCUCGUUGAGGCUCGACUCGGAGAUGAGAUAUGAUCAUGGGAAGUUCUAUGCUUCAAAGACCUUCUUUGAUAGCUCAAUGAAGAGGAGGGUCUUGUGGGGUUGGAUCAAUGAAUCUACUGAUGCUGCCACUGAUACCAGCAAGGGCUGGUCUGGCCUUCAGGCAAUUCCUAGGAAGAUUUGGCUUCACAAAUCAGGAAAGCAAUUGGUGCAAUGGCCAGUUAAGGAAAUUGAAAAGUUGAGAGAAGGGAGAGUGAUAUUUCCCACCAAAGAGCUAAAAGGAGGAUCAGUUCUUUAA